AUGAUUGUUCCUAUCAAUGAUAAUGAUUCUGUGGCAAGCUCACUGCGGCAACGACUACUCCAGGGACUCCCAGGACCACAGCAGGUACUGAAGGUGUUGACGGGCUCAUUGGGAAUAUCAUCGCUGUCCGGAUCAGAAUCUGAGCCAUCGCAGAACACAUUCCAGCAUUGUUCCAAACCGGAACUCAGCUGUCAAACGCGGUAUCAUGGCCAAAAUACCUGCUGCUUCAAUUAUCCUAGUGGACAGUUCCUUCAGAGCCAAUUCUGGGACGCCGACCCUGCUAUUGGACCGGAGGACUCUUGGACCAUCCAUGGACUCUGGCCAGACUUGUGUGAUGGUAGCUUCGACCAAUUUUGUGACCCGGCCAGGAAGUACAGUAAUAUCUCAUUGAUAUUAGUGGAUUCUGGUAGAUCUGAUCUCCUGGAUGAAAUGCGUCGUUUCUGGAAAGAUAAUCAAGGUGAUGACUCGCAUCUAUGGGAGCACGAGUGGAACAAGCACGGCACCUGUAUCAGCACCCUGGAAACUCACUGCUAUGAUGAAUAUUAUCCCCAGCAGGAAGUGGUAGAGUAUUUUGAUAAAACAGUUGAAGUUUUCCACAGUCUCCCUACGUACAAGACCCUUGCCGACGCUGGGAUUGUGCCAUCUUACUCUAAGACAUAUACUCGUCGUGAAAUCGAGGAUGCUCUGUCUAAUGCCCAUGGCGCCUAUGUCUCUCUCCGGUGUCGACAUAGCUCUCUGAAUGAAGUGUGGUACUACUUCAAUAUUGCCGGUUCUUUGCAGACAGGCACAUUUGUCCCGUCCGCGCCAGACGGUGCUAAGACCAACUGCCCAUUCCGGGGUAUUCGCUACCAACCAAAAUCGCCCCGGAAAGGCACUCCAACCAAGGGACCGUCCGAACCAACAACAACCGGCGCUCCUUUCUCAGGACGAGGCCACCUGGUCAUCUCGACGCUGGGCCAACGCAGAGGCUGCAUCAUUAGCCACGGGGAAUGGUUCACCUCCGGAACGUGCGCCACCUUCAGAAUCAAAAAGACAUCCGAUACCUCUUUUACGCUACAGUCCAGCAAGGGCGCAUGUUCCUUUGAACAGGAUGGCUUUAGCUGCGGUCCUCAGAUCUCAGCUGCUACGGAGUUUAGCGCUGAGGGUAACAAGCUCUCCUAUGGCGGAAACACGACUUUCUUCGCAGAUAAAGCCCCCAAAGGUCGAGUGAAAAGCACAGUGUUUGCUUCGCAGGACGACCAUCCAAUUGAGUUGGAGAUCACUUGGAAGGAGAGUCACUGA